AUGGUGCAGAGCGGCAGCAAUCGACGCCCGUGGGUAGAGGCCGCGAGCAGCGCGUUCGCCGUCGCCUCGGCGCUUCCGGUCACGAUGAACAGCUUGCAGAUCGCCGAUCUCUUCGAAAAGGUUGAAAGACUCGAACCGUUGGAGUCAUGCCCACUCACAGCUGAACUUUCAUCGUUACGAAAUGCGUCUGGCGAAACCCUUCUCAUUGUUGCUGCACGUGCAAAUAAUGUGGCAGCCGUCAAGACACUCGCCCUCGACCCGGACAUCCUGGACGAAUCUGACAGC